AUGGCGUCGAGCAUCUUGAUACCGAAGCCGCCCCUCAUUUCGCAUAAAAGUCGCACUCACGGCCGGAAGCCGGUGAGUGCCUCAUUGGCCGCGACAUCCGCUGUCGCAGCCCGGCCAUUGACGUCAGUCGCCACCCCCACGACAACACUUAAAACCACCGCCGCCACGGCGGUCGGCGCGAAGCCCCCUCUCGCUAGCGUGUGGAGGGAGAUUCAGGGCUCCGACGACUGGGAGGACCUCGUCGAGCCGCUGAACCCCCUCCUCCGCCAGGAGAUCGUGCGGUACGGGGAGUUCGUCGCCGCCUGCUACAAGGCCUUCGACCUCGACCCGAGCUCGAAGCGAUACUUGAAUUGCAAGUAUGGGAAGAGGAGCAUGCUCCGGGAGGUUGGGAUGGAGAGCUCGGGCUAUGAGGUCACAAAGUACGUCUACGCGACGCCCGACAUCGAUAUCCCGACGCAGGGUGGCACGUGCCGCAGCCGGUGGGUUGGGUACGUCGCCGUCUCGAAGGAUGAGGAGGUGCGGAGGCUCGGGAGGAGGGACAUCCUGGUGUCCUUCCGGGGGACCGUCACCAACACGGAGUGGAUCGCCAACUUGAAAUGCUCGCUCACUCCGGCAAGAUUGGACCCCCACGAGCCCCGCCCCGACGUGAAGGUCGAAUCCGGCUUCCUCAGCCUCUACACAUCAGAUGAAAGCAGCUGCAAGUUCAGCAGUGGCAGCUGCAGAGAGCAGCUGCUAUCCGAGGUCUCUCGGAUCAUCAACAAGUACAAAGAUGAGGAGCUCAGCAUCACAUUGGCUGGACACAGCAUGGGAAGCUCUCUAGCUCUUCUACUUGGCUACGACCUCGCCGAGCUUGGAUUGAAUAGAGAUGGAUCGAACCGAGACGUGCCCAUCACGGUGUACUCGUUUGCCGGCCCUCGGGUCGGCAAUUCGGGCUUCAAGGAGAGGUGCGAAGAGCUCGGGGUGAAGGUAUUGAGGGUGGUUAACGUCAACGAUCCCGUCACGAAGCUGCCCGGGGUCUUUCUCAAUGAGAACUCCCAGGUCCUCGCGGGGAGAUAUAAGCUCCCAUGGAGCUGCUCGUGCUAUGCUCAUGUGGGAGUCGAACUGGCUCUGGACUUCUUUAAGAUGAAGAACCCUGCAUGCGUUCAUGACAUCGAUGCUUAUAUCGGGCUGUUGAAGUGCCCGAAGAUGGCAGCGCAAGUUAAGAUGGAUGGGGCAAAUCUUCUCGACCAGGCGAAAGAGUUUUUAAACUUGCAGAAGAUCGAUGCAUGGCGAUGGCAAGAUGUCGCAUGGCACGUUGGUGACUUGGUGCAAUCUCUGGGAAUAAUAUGAGAACUAACAAAAUCAGGGCCCCGUGUAUAGCGGAUGAUUCACUCAUAUCUGUACAUUUUCA